AUGUUUUUUUUAAUAAUAAAAUUUAAUAAUUUUUUUAUAAAUUUUUUAUAUAUUAAUUUUUGUUUUUCAAUUUUUAUUAAAAAAUUUUCUAAUACAAAUUAUAAAUUUAUUAAUAAUAAUUUUCCAAAUAAUAAUUUUUCAUACAAUAUAUCCAAUCCACUGAACAAUCAACAGAAUCUACUGGACAAUCAACAGUUCAAUACACAGAACCAACAACACUUCAAUACACAGCUAAAUUCAGAACUUAAUAUACUGAACAACAAAUUGAUUAAUGAAUAUAAAAGUGAAAAUAUAAUUGAUAGAAGAAAUUUUAAAAUAAAAAGUGAAAUAUUAAAAGAAUUGUUUGAAGAAUGGGUUAAUAAAUAUUCAGAUGAAUUAGUACCAUUUGGUAAACCAAAAACUGAUAUAGAAUUUAUAUAUGAAAUUAAUACUAAUAAAUUAUUCUAUACAAUUUCUAAUUUAAAAUAUUAUUUCAAUAUUAUUUUUAUUCCAAAAUCAACGGAUACUAGUGAAACUAGUGAUGUAACUGAUGUGAGUGAUCUGAGUCAACCUAGUCAACCUAGUCAACCUAGUCAACCUAGUCAACCUAGUCAACCUACUCAGCCUACUCAAGAAAUAUUGGAGGAUGUAUUGGGAUCAGAAAUAAUAAUUAUGAAUGGUACAAGUACAAAAAUAUUAAAUGGAAUUUAUGGUGAAGAAAUUAAAAAUAAAUUAAUUUCUUCAUUAAAUAUUUUUAUUAAUUCUUUUCAAAAUGAUAUUAACAAUUUUUUAUUAAUGAGUAAGAAUAGAAAAGUAUUUGAUUGUUCUGGAUCUGAUACAAUUUUAUCAUCGGAAGAUAUUAAACAAUUUCUUAAUUAUCAUAAUUCUAUUGAACAAAUUAUUAAUCAUAAUAAUUUUUCCACUACCGGAAAGGGAGCUAAUGACACUUUUAGUACCAUGGGAAAGGGAGCUAAUUUUACAGCUAUGGAGUGUACCUCCGGAAAGGGAGCUAAUUCUAUGGGUAUAAAGUGUACUAUGGGAAAGAGUACUAAUAAGGAUACUGAGGAUAAUAAUAAGGAAGCCCCUUUCGGGGCUAGUACUACUACUAAGGAAGAUCCUUUAGGGGCUGGCCGUGGUACUGACACCGUAACGGAAGACAAAAUAAUUGAAAUAUUUAAUUCAUUAGAAAAAAUAAAUAAAAAAGAACCAAAAGAACAAAUUAAAGAUAUUAUUAAUAAUUUAAAAAAAAAUCUUAAUUUAACUAAUUAUCAAUUAAAUGAACUUUUCAAUCAAUGUGAAAAAAGAGUAAAUAAAGAAAUUGAACAAUUAAAUUAUCAAAUGGAUAAUCAAUUAAAUAAUCAAAUAGAACAAGAUAUGAUUAAAAUUGAUCCAAUUAAAGUUGAACCAAUUGAUGUUGAAGAUCCAUUUGAUAUAAUAAUGAAACCAGAAAAUAUGGAAAAUUCAUUAUUAGUUAAGAAAUAUUAUUCUAUAACUAAAUCACAACAAUUAAAAUUAAAAAAUCGUUGUGAAGAUUAUAUAACAAUAAUGAAGAGUUAUUUGAUGUUAAAUGGUAUAAGAAAUGAAUUGGAAAGAGAAAGAUUAAAUUAUUUAAAUGAAUUUGUAUUGGAAUUAUAUAAAGAAAUUGAGAAACGUACGAUUCAAGAUGAACAAUAUCAACUUGCCAAAAUCAAUCAAAUUAUACAAUGGUCCAUUAAUAAUUUCAAUCAACUCAAUGAACUUAUAAUGAAGAAUAAACAUUUAUAUGAUGAAAAUUUCAUGACAUAUAUUAAAUUAUUAAUUUCUAAAGAAUUAAAAAAUAUCAAUAAAGAAGAAAUGAAUAGACCAGAAAAAUAUCCUUGGUUAUCUAUAUUAACAAUUAUAGAAUUAGCAAUCAAAUCAUUAUUACAAAAUGAAAUUGAAUAUGAAAUGUAUUUGAUAACGAAUAUAAUAUAUCAAAAGAUACCAAAAGUAAGAAAAUAUAUGUUAGAAUUUAUUUUGGCUACUAUCCCAAGAUCUGAUUGGAAAUUCUUUAAACAUUUAAUUCAAUCCAUAACACAAUCAUUAAAUAAUAUACCAUUACAUGAACGUGAUGAGAUGAAAGGAUUACCGGAAUGGAUAACAGAAGCAUGUUAUCAAUUAAAAAAUGAUAUAGAAAAUAUGAUACCAGAUUGGAUAAUUAAUGAAUUAUUAUCAGAUAAUGAUAAAUUAUUAAUGGAAUAUAAUAAUAAUUUAAGAUCACCAAUUUUUAAAUUACAACUUGAAAAUAUUAAUCAAUUAAAUAAUCAAUUAAAUAAUCAAUUAAAUAAUCAACUGGAAGAAAAUUUGGAAGAAAAUUUGGAAGAAAAUUUGGAAGAAAAAUUGGGAGAAGAAAAAUUGGAAGAUAAUUUAUUGGAAAAAAAUAAUUUUAUUAAAAUUUAUUAA